AUGUCGCCGCUGCCUCUUCGGCCGUCGCCGCUGCCGCGGCUCAUCACAUACUACCAGACGCUUCACGACAACGACGGAAAGUCCAUUUCCAUCCUGCCGCUGAUUACGCAGCCCGACAUUGCCGUGACGCACGUCAUCCUCGCGGCGCUGCACAUCAACGAGGACCCCGACGCGCUCACGCUCAACGACCACGCGCCCGACGACCCGCGCCACCAGACGGCCUGGGCCGAGCUGCGCGUCCUGCAGGCCGCCGGCAUCCGCGUCCUCGCCCUCCUCGGCGGCGCCGCCAAGGGCACCUACGAGCGUCUCGAUGGCAGCCCAGACGACGACCCGUUGGCCCUUGCCCGCUUCGAGCGCUACUACGCGCCGCUGCGUGACCUUGUCCGCGCGCGCGGCCUCGACGGCCUGGAUCUUGACGUCGAGGAGGACAUGAGCCUCGCGGGCAUCGUGCGCCUGAUUGACCGCCUGCGCGCCGACUUUGGCCCCGAUUUCCUCAUUACGCUCGCGCCUGUCGCCGCGAGCCUGCUCGACCCGACCGCCAACCUCAGCGGCUUCGACUACGAGGCGCUCGAGGUGCUGCGCGGCCGCGACAUUGCCUGGUACAAUGCGCAGUUCUACUGGGGCUGGGGCGACUUCUCCACGACCGUCAUGUACGACAUGAUGCUGCGCAAGGGUUGGCCCCCCGACCGCCUCGUCGUCGGCCUCGUCACGAACCCGGACAAUGGCACCGGCUUCGUCGCCUGGGACAGCCUCCAGCAGACACUCUCCAUCCUGCGCCGCCGGCCCCACGACUUUGGCGGCAUCAUGGGCUGGGAGUACUUCAACAGCCUGCCUGGCGAUCGCGACCGGCCCUGGGAAUGGGCCCGCACCAUGACGGCCAUGAUUCGCGCGCACUGCACGACGCCCGUGCCGCCGGUGGACAUGCCGCCGCGGGCAGAGCAGGCACAUGCUGCCGUGACUGGUGCGGAUGUGGAUGUGCCGGGUGGCAAGGAGCCAGAGGUACCAGCGCCAUUCGAUUACUAUACGGAUGAGGCGGAGGACUAG